UACCCAUUAAAUACUUUCUGGAGUUUCAUAUUCAUUGCCUUUGUCUUCAUAAUCAUCAUUUUUCAUAGGGACAGAGAGUAAUAGAGAAGAAGAGAGCAUUUUUAGACAUGGGUGUUCUUGGAGUUGUUGCAAAGCGUCUGGAUGCCCUUGUUGGACCAGGAAUCAUGCUUCUCUUCCCACUAUAUGCAUCACUGCGAGCUAUUGAAAGCCCUUCAACACUCGACGACCAGCAAUGGCUAACAUAUUGGAUAAUAUAUUCAUUCACAACCCUGUUCGAGCUAUCCUGCUAUAAAAUCCUAGUUUGGCUACCAUUUUGGCCGUAUAUAAAGCUGUUGUUUUGUAUGUGGUUGGUGUUGCCUAUCUUCAAUGGAGCUGCAUAUAUCUACGAAAAUAUGGUCAGGAAGUAUGUGAAGAUUGGCGGAAGGGUGAGUGGGAACUAUUCGGACGAUCAAAGGAAGGUCUUGCAGAUGAUGAGCCUUGAUGCAAGGAAAUCUGUGGUGCAGUAUGUUGAUAAAUAUGGAUGGGAUGCUUUUGAGAGAGCUAUUAAAGCUGCUGAAAAAGAAACCAAGAAGCACUGAGAGGAUCAUAUAUAUAUAUAUAUAUAUGAUAUAUAUACUUUCUGUACUUUUCCUGGCAAUUCAUAGGAAAAUAUUAAUAUGCACGCAUGUGUAGAGGCAUGAGAUGGGGAAAUAGAAAAAUAAUAAAAGGAAACUAAUAUGGAACGGCCAUUAACUUGUGUAUAUACAGAAAGAAAGACAAUUGUUCAAUUCUCUCAGGCAUUAUAUGACACCAUAUAUUGUAAUUCAUGGUCAUGAAUCUCUGCCAAUUAAAUUUCCUUGGGAGAAAUGGGAAUUUCUUAUAAUUUUUAUUAUUA